AUGUCAAAUCAAAGUAGCAACGCAUUCAGAAGCUUUGACGACGUUGACAGCAACACGGAAGACAAUGACUAUCAUGGUCAUACGCUUAUAUUCGAUUCGAGUAUAAUGCAUAACUUCGAAGAUGGAAACAGUGAGGAGGGGAGUGAUGAAGAAUACGAAGAUUGUGAAGACGAUAUUGAGGCGGAUAAUGAUAACAAUGAGCUUAUAAACGAAGAUAUAUUAAUAUCCGAAUCUGAAACAUGUGAUUCAUUAACACCAUGUGUCGUUCUUGAGAAACGGAAUGAGGUUGUGGAAGUACAAGAAAUUUGGAAUCUCAUAGGCGCGUGGGAACUCGAUAGUCAAGCCGUGGAUGUAAAUAAACAAGUAGAACGGCUUGGACACCAAUUCCGGCUAGGAGAACAGAGUGACAAAGCCUGCGCUAACACAGGAAAACAUGCAGGAGAUAUAACAACAUCACUGGAAUUACUCGGAAACAUGGUAUUACAUGUGGCCAAGAAAGAUGACAGCCCAUUAAAGGAGAGAGUUUUAAGAUAUACAGUACAAAUGUUGCAGGCUUUACAAGAAAGUGAACCAGAGACAUCUGAUAGAGCCCCAAUACCAAGACCAUUUGUAAUUAGGACAAUCUUAAAAAACCAUGGAAUGUCUCCAGAAAGUCUUAAUUAUAAUAAUAUUAUUAAUACUACAAUAACCUGA